AUGGAUGGCCAGUCGCCGCUGCCGGAGACGAGGUACUGGUCGGAGCAGCCGCUGGACGCGCUCUCGGUGAUCUUCUCCAAGCUCGGCGCCGUCGAGGUCCUCAUGGGCGCGGGGCUUGUGUGCCACUCAUGGCUCCACGCUGCCAAGGUGCCUGUGCUGUGGCGAACCGUGGAGAUGUUGGUCUGCAGGGAGAUGGGCUCCAGCUUCAAUAGACGAGGCAUACUGAAUGCGUUGGGGAAGGUGGCCGUGAAGAGAUCGAACAGGCAGUUGGAUGUACUCAAGUGUGGGGGUUUUGCUACCAAUGAGCUCCUCACGUAUGUAGGGCACAGGUCUUCGAGCUUUCUGAAGAGCCUUUACCUCGAUUCAUGCUCGAAGGUCACCAAACGGGGAUUCAAACAGCUGAUCAGAAAGUCUCCUCAGCUGGGGGAUCUCGUGCUCAAAUUCUGCGAGAAGCUCCGCGGCAACGUCUAUGAGGCCGUCGCCAAGGCGUGCCCCCGGCUCAGGCGUCUCGAGGUACGCAGGUGGAUCUCCGAGGACGAGCUUCUCGGGAUAGCUGCGAUGCACGAGCUGCGUUGCCUGACGCUCAAAGGCAUGGUCGUCCGCGGCGGAGCACUGGCCGCCAUCGUUGAUGGCUGCCCUCACCUGGAGCUUCUUGACGCAGAUGGGUGUGUCCUGCUUGACGUCGACGACGCCCUGCGGGCGAGGUGUGCCGUGAUCGAUUCGCUCAAGCUGCCCUCCGGCUUUGUGGCUGCUUCUGAUUAUGAUGAUUAUUAUUUUGGUCGGGAAGAAGAUGACGAUGGCGGUUUUGAAUUUAAUCUGGUCCAUAAUGACUACGAUUAUGACGAGUUUGGUGAAUGCAACUCUUACUAUUACCGUUAGUGGGAUAAUUAAAUCCAUCAAAGCAUCAAGUACAUGUCUUGUCGGGAACUUCAUGAACUACGUACUGCUCAACGUCUGAGUGUUUUAUGAAGAUGAAUAUUUUCUGAAUCAAAUGUACUCAACCAGAUAAACUAA